AUGGGCAAAGGAUUUAGCCCCAGAGGUUGCGCCGGGGUCAAGAAGUUUCUGGCAUUCCGGACUCUUAAUCCCCAGCCCUCAGUCUGGAACGCCAUCCUCCACCGCUUCACACACAAACUCAAGUGUAAAAACUAUGGCUGGACUUUGGUGCAGAGUGCGACUUUGGGGUGGAGCAGAGUGGAGGCGAUCUGUCAGGCUCAGCCAUCGCCACCAUUCAUGUGUCAGCGUGAGAGCAUGUGUACAGAGUAUGUGCAUGUUUUUGGGCCGUGUCGCCAGGACCGGGACAUCCCAAACAAGAGAGGCAUCCCAACUAUUCCCCCAGACUAUGUGACAGGACUAUCUGACAGGGACCCAGCACUGCCCCGGGGACUGCUCUGCACCUCUCACAGUCCAUUAGGACACGCGGAGCUCGGCUUGGGUUCCCAAGAGCCGCAGGGUCCAUAUGUCGCCCUCGGAGAGCGCAGGGGGACGGGGAGAGGUCCCAGCAGGAGGCCCCAGAAGGAGGUCCCAGAAGGAGGUCCCAGCAGGAGCUAA